AUGGCCAAGGCGAGUUCGCUGGCGCUGCUGGCAGCGGCCCAGGCCACAACGCUGGAAUACGGGAACACGACAUCCCCCACGGCUGUGGUGGAGUCUUGCUCCGCCUUGACCGACGCCAGGCUCGUGCACCUCAUGCUCGGGCCCUACCGGCUAAAGUCGCACCUUCGAGUCCUCAAGAAGUUCCUGCUCCACGGACAGGGAGAUCUCAUGCUCACCCUCAUUGAAGUGCUCGGUCCAGAGCUUGACAAGAAGGCCACGGUGAUCUACCGGCACAACGUCAUGGGGAUAGUCGAGGGCGCAAUCAAGACCAGCGCCAUCCUGCAGGACGAAGCGGAAGACGUUGCUAGGAUCGGAGUCAAGAUUUUCGGCGGUUCGGAGUCUGAUACUGGGUAGGAUGUGUUUUCACUCGAGUACGACGUGGGCGCUCCCAUCUCGACCGUGGUUACGAAACAGGUAAAGGUUGUCCGAGAAGUUACUGUCCUUGGAGGACGCCGAGUGGUUCUUGACCUUGAACAAACCCGGCAUUGAGGACGUGUACUCGAUGGGCCAGACCAUGGGCAUUUCGAUCCGAGGGGACGGCAACUGUUUUUGGAUAUGCUGCUCCCUUGCGGCGCUGCUCUGGGCAUCGUGCCAGGACCGCCCACACCACGUCGAAGGCAUUCUCACCCGUUACAGGGCUUUUGGCCGGUGUAGCCGUGCGUACCACGCGCUGCGCUGGAAAUGAAGGUGUGCUCUGAAUCUUAUCACCGUAAACAUGAAAUUGCGAAUAGGUGGGCCCGUUGGGCUGUUCGCCGAGCGUACUAUUCAGCUCUAUCUUAGCUCCGUCUAACUUGUUUCAGCUAAAUGGAAGUCUGACUUAGUAUCGUCCUUGCAGAGCAUUGGGGCAAGCGACGGCAACAUCGUUCAAUGUACCUUGUCAUGAACGACGGGCUGCUUUUGAAUUGUGACAUUAAUCGUUGACAUCGGGUUUCGUAAUGUGGAACAGCAGUUGUACGCGUCUUGAGGUAGCUGGUUGUGACGUUUGUUACCAGUCUCCUGCGUAGCGUGUAGGCGGGUGUUGUUCGCAUUUUGACCUACCUCCGCACACUACUCUUGUGUCCGAUGCAUAGUACAUGAACCGCCGUCACGGGUCUACUCAGUAGUCGCUUGCAACAGAUUGAUGUCACUGAAAAAAUAAUACUUUCUCAUGUGGAUGGUAUGAUGUUUGGUUGACGUGGGAAUGGCGACGUACGUCCUCACGAGGGAAGAAGUUGGUACUAAAUAGCAUUGCGUUCCCAGUUUCUCGCACUUGCUGCCAAAAGUGAGCGAAUCCAUUACCUCCCGAAAUACGUGGUUCUUCGGUCGGACAGGUGAUACUAGGUUGGCACCAUUAUGUAGGUGGGACGCCAACCCGUUGGUGCGAGCGAUUUCCCGCGUCGCCUUUGGGUUCGGCAACGAGCACGCAUGACAGGCAGUGGACCCUUUCCUUCAUCAUAAAUAUCCUGCAAACACCACCGAGAGUGAUAAAACGUCUCUACGUCAUCUCAAACCGGUAAACGAUGCAGGUCUUGCUACACAAGUUUCCCUGGUAUGUUGUCAAACAUUUGUAUCAUCCUUUUCGUUUCUUUUCCCUCCGUCGUUAACCCCUCGAAGGAGAACAUGAACACGUUCGUUUCCUUCGUGGAGGUGCUUUUCUUGCCUUCGAGACGACGGACAUCUCCAACCAGGAUCUGGUUGGUACCCUUGUACGCCAUAUCUCUCGGAACCAUUCGAGCGGAGGCAAGGAAGGCACUCUCCACGCAGACUUGUUCAAGGGCAUGGUCCUGGCGACCAGAAUCGCAGCCACGGUCUUUAAGACGCCGUCAGCCAAGCCCGAAGUCUUGCGGUGCAACGACGAAGAAAGGGAGGAAUUAAUGUGGUUGUCAUGGACCUAUUUCGACCCACCUUCCCCUACUGGCCAAGGGCAUCGCUCUUCGGAAGGGUGCUUUGGGACACUUUGAUCUACGGAUCGAAGCUUGCUCCAGCGUCGUCGGCACCGCCCUUGCUAUUAAUAGCGCUUUGAAGGUCCAGCAGCUUACGGACGAGGACGGCUCAACCGAGCGCUACCGGCGCUUGAAGAUACUAUGACACAGAUUGGCAUUUCUCCUAGAGGGUGCCCAGCGUGCUCGAUGCACAUCCCGCAGUCGGCGGUGGAAUGCGUAAUGUGUGGAGGCGCAGUGCCGGCCGGUUUCGUGUACGCUCCGAAUCCGUGAGUGUUGCGGACCCGGCAGAGGAGAUGGAGGUGGUGGCGAUAGCAA